AUGUGGGCAGCAUUUCUCUUCUAUGGAGCAAUUGUCUCCGCCAAACCUGUCCUCCCCCGAGAUGGGAUAGACACAUGCACAACCUCCUCGACCAGCAGCCAAUGGCUCCAUACCUGUGACACGACGCUCUUCUGGCCCACCUCGACCAACUACUACUAUGGCCCAACUGCCGGCCCCUCUGCGUCGGCCGUCCUCUGCAACGCCGAAUGGGUCGAAUACGACGGCCGUGCCAGCGGGCUCUCCUCGCUCGGCGCAACAUCGACCUCCACGAUCUACGAACCCUAUCCGACCAGCACCGGAGCCUGCAAUACCAAGGUCUGGGGCGAAGGGUGGCACGACACGCACACCGGCCCAGUGACCACCCUCUGCGACACUAUCCCACGCGCCCUGGGUCCUCGCGAAACUCUCACGUCCUUCUGGCCCGGCACGGGCCCGUGCAGCACGUUCCAAAUGACAGAAAGCACCACGAAACCCGUCUACCGCUCGCCCGACCCAGCCCCUUCCUGCAGUCUCAACACCCGAGACUGCAUCGCCAUCUGGUCCACCUAUUCCUCUCUCUCUUCCGCCUACCGCAGCGCCGUGCCGACGCCCCCACCAGGCGACACAAACAGCCCGAUCCGCCCGACUAGCUGUCCCUCAACCAGGCGAAACUACACCGAGAAUGACCCCUGCACAAACUGCCACUACCUCCCCGGCGAAGCCACUCUCUUCUACUGGCCCGUUUCCACCGUCUCCGGCGACCUCUGCUCCCAAACGGGCACAACCAUCCCAGCAACGCCCACCGGGACCGGCCCGAACACAGCCGUCAUCAACGGCAACACCUUCGUCUCCCCGACAAUCUACGUCUCCUUCACCAGCAUCUACGCCCGCAGCAACAUGCGCGCACACCCGGGCGGCUCCUGCGGCGGCGAGCACGAAAACGUCAUCAUCUCCGUCGAGCCGGACGCCGUCUCGUCCUACCGCGGCCACCGCAACGCCAAGUACCCGAUAAUCGGGACCGCCUUCCCCUUCAGCUACGACGAGUUCCAGCUGCACCAGGUGGGCAACUACUCCAUGCCGCUCAUCCCUUGGGACAAGUACGAGGGCGGAGGUCAGUGUCCCGUGGGCACGUCUUGCACGCUGGUUAGGGACGAUUAUCGGCCUCACAUGGGCAUCCCCAAGGGCGUCAUGACCCAAAUUGAUGAGCGCUGGACCGCGUGCCAUCGCUCUUGGUAUAUCCCGCCUGUUAGCAUGGUGCCGUUGAUUGGGGAGGGUAGCUGGAGUGGGAAGGCGGUGCCAACGGGGUCUGCGACUGGGAAUGAGGAUGUUGGUGUUGCAGCUGUGCCUGAGUCUGUGGGUGCGGCGCCUACGCCUAAGGAGACGGGAGCCGACUGGUAG